CACUCUGACCUGUAAAACAAAGACGUCCUCCAACCUCCCAGCUGGUUUCUAUAAAGAUGGCUCCUUCAUCAGGACUGAGCCUGCAGGUCACAUGACCAUCCACCAUGUUUCCAGGUCUGAUGAAGACCUCUACAAGUGUCUCAUCAGCAGUGUUGGAGAGUCUCCAUCCAGCUGGGUCUCUGUCACAGUUCUGACCUCACUGCUGAGCAGCACAACAAACCAAGCCUCUCUGACUGUGAGUCCCAGCAGCUCUCAGCUGUUUGAAGGACAGUUUGUCUCUCUGAGCUGUGAGGAUGACGACAGCUCUGCUGGAUGGACCCUGAGGAGGAACACGAGUGAUGAAACCAGGACUCAUUGUGAAGAUGGCUGGGGAAUAUAUGUUGGUUCUAUCUGUAUCACCUUCAUGGACUCUUUGGACAGUGGAGUUUACUGGUGUGAGUCCAGAGAGGGAGCAACCAGUAACAUCAUCACCAUCACUGUCACUGGUGGACCAGUGAUCCUGCAGAGUCCUGUCCUCCCUGUGAUGGAGGGAGAAGACCUCACUCUGACCUGUAGAACAAAGACGUCCUCCAACCUCCCAGCUGGUUUCUAUAAAGAUGGCUCCUUCAUCAGGACUGAGCCUGCAGGUCACAUGACCAUCCACCAUGUUAACAGGUCUGAUGAAGGCCUCUACAAGUGCAGCAUCAGCAGUGUUGGAGAGUCUCCACCCAGCUGGGUCUCUGUCACAGGUGAGGAGGUUACCUUUGAUUUCAGGAAUUCAUUCAUCCAGAUAUUCAAAUGGUUAACGUCAGAGCUUAUUGGACGGAGCUGCAGCGUGUUAGAAAAGCAGAUUAAACUGGUGUUAAAGCUGGAAGACGCUGAGAGUAUUUAGUGUGGACUCCAUCUU